UAUCGCGCGGACGCGGUUACUGCACCGCGAAUCCGGUGUGAACGGUGUGCGUGUAUUUAUAUGCGCGUGUAUGCUUGUAUGUGUAAGUGUAUGUGUGUGUGUGUGUGUGUGUGACUACAUGAGAGAGUUUGUUUGUGGCACGCGUGCUUUGUUUUUGUUUUUUUUUUUUAUUUCGAUAAUAAUAUUAUUUUACAAUAAUAAUAAAAAUCUUAGCUGGAGGAAAAAAAAAAACGAAAUCGGAUUUAACAACGUCGUAAAUAUGGAAACGCCGACCACAUUUUGAGACAGCCGCUUCCCGGAUUAAAGGCGCCACGGCAAACCUAACGUCGGUCAUGGACCGUCUGCGUUCGACGUUCAAGCGGUCGCGGACGCCGACGGGCGCCGAGAUGAAGACGCAGAACAGCCUGGAGGUGCCCAAGCAGGUGCGGUCGGUGUCGUUCGACGAGAUCAAGUUGGGGUGCACCAAGCGGGACGAGGACGCGCGCAAAGAACGAUCGUCGGGCGGCGUCGGCGGCGGUCACGCGGCGGCCGCGUCGUCGCUGCGCGUGCCCGCCGGCGGCGGCUCGGGACAGCGGUCCCGGAGCUUCGACUCGUCCGCCGCCGCCGCCGCCGCCGCCAGCACCUCCUCCGGCGACCGGGACGACCCGGGCGUCUACCUGGAGGUGCCGUCGUCCAAGCACCAGCUGUUUCACCGGCGGCGGUCGUCCGGCGAAAAAGUGCCGGCCGCCGCGUCCUGCGUCCACUGCGCCUACCUGGAGGAGCUGUCCAAGAUGAACAGGUCGUCGUCCGGCGAAGAGAACCAUAGUCAGAGAUCGUUAGCGUCGACGUCGGCCAGCGAGGACAUGGAAGACGAGGACGACCGCGGUUGUCAGAUCACCGUCACCGUGGACGCCGACCUCCACGACGAUCCCGCGGCGGCGGCGUCGGCGACCCGUUUGCUGUCCGUGGCCGACGGAGGGGCCGGUGACGCAUCGCCGCCGUCGCCGUCGCCCGAUUUGGAGGAGGCGUGCGUCAAGAGCCAGCUGACGUUGGAGCUGACGCCGCCGGACGAGUACCUGCAGGGCAACCGGCGGCGGUCGAUCACGUCGCCGAAGCUGGAGCGACAGGAGGCGUUCGCGGUGAGCGACCCGGCCGACCCGGCGGCGGUCCGCGACCUGUUCCUCACGGUGCCCGACCUGAAGCGCGACCGGGCCGCCAGCAUGGACUCGUGCUUCAUCAACAAGCCCACGCCUGCCGGCAAACCGGAAGAAGUGGUGCCCGUUUCGCCCACGCAGCUGCUGCUCGACCCCAACUGCGGGCAGCCGGCCUGCAACAACAUCAGAUCUCGGUCGGUGGACAUCGUGUUGCCCACCGACCAGCAGGCCCGGUACAAGGCGCUGUCCACCAACAAUCAGACGUCGUCGCCGCCGGCCGCCGUGCCCGCGCACAGGGUGCCGCCGGACAAGGGAGCCACCGGAACCGAUGGCAACGAUAAACUCUUAAAGAUUGUGCCCGAUUGGACGGAAGAAGCUGCCAACGACGAUCACCUGUGGUCCGUAACGUCCCACAACGUGGACUUCUGCUACAUUGGCGAAUCGGAGUGCUCGAAACAUGGAGUCCGUCUGAAAUGUUCAGGUUGCCGUAUAAUCGUGCACUCGGAAUGUUUGGGUAAUCUACCAGAAGCGGCUAAAUGCAAGUCGAGCUUCAAAGAUGACGGCGUCCGGCAAUACAGAGAACAUAAAACAGUCAAACACCAUUGGAUGCACAGGAGGACGCAAAAGGACAAGUGCUCGCAAUGCGGAAAGGCAUUCCAGUCGGUUUUGUCGUUCAGUUCCAAAGAAAUCAUAGCUCUCACAUGCUCUUGGUGCAAGCUUAGUGUCCACAAUAAAACCGCGUGUUUCAAUGACACGAAAAUGAACGAACCCUGUUCCUUAGGUAAACAUAGUAAUAUAAUUGUCCCGCCGUCGUGGAUCGUAAAGUUGCCGCGGAAAGGCAACUUCAAGUCCAGCAUUAGAUCGCCGAAAAAGAGAUCGUCUAAAAAGAAAACGAAAGAUAAGCCGGACAAAGAAGACAAGCUGUUUGUAAUCAAACCGAUCCCGACGGUGAACGUCAAGCCUGUGAUAAUAUUUAUAAAUCCAAAGUCUGGCGGCAACCAGGGUGUAAAGCUGCUGCAGAAAUUCCAGUGGCACCUGAAUCCCAGGCAGGUGUUCGAUCUCAGUAGGGGUGGUCCCAGGAUGGGCCUGGAACUGUACAAGAAGGUGCCAAAUCUUCGAGUGUUGGCUUGCGGCGGUGACGGCACAGUCGGGUGGGUGCUGUCGAUCUUGGACCAAAUAGCCAACGCCGUGUCGUUUCCAGUGGGCGUGCUGCCGCUGGGAACGGGCAACGACCUGGCCAGAGCUCUCGGCUGGGGUGGCGGUUAUAUGGAUGAACCCGUGUCGAAAAUAUUGACCAACUUGGAAGAAAGCGAAACAAUCCGGUUGGACCGCUGGAACUUGGAAGUAGUACCCAAUGAACACGUCAAAGGGACAGAUCACGCUGGGAAAGAUAAUUUACCAUUAAAUGUAAUGAAUAAUUACUUCUCGUUGGGAGUGGACGCUCAAAUUGCGCUUGAAUUCCAUGAAGCCAGAGAGGCCAAUCCGGAAAAAUUUAGCUCGCGAAUGUACAACAAACUUUUUUAUGGCGUCAGGGGUGGUAUCGAAUUAUUGGACCGGAAAUGGAAAGGUUUAUCGGAUCACGUGACGCUAGAGUGUGACGGCAAGGACCUAACGCAGCGCAUUAAAGACUUGAAAGUGCAUGCCAUACUGUUUUUAAAUAUACCCAGCUACGGGGGUGGCACGCGACCGUGGAACAAGUCGGCUGGUAACAAUUCUACCGACGAUGGGCUGAUCGAAGUCAUCGGUUUAACGAUCAUGCAAAUAACAAGAUUGCAAACUGGAGGGACUGGGACACCGUUGUGCCAAUGUAAAACUGCUCGCAUAACUACUAGUAUACCGGUGCCCAUGCAAGUGGAUGGUGAAGCUUGCCGUUUAAAACCGUCAGUGAUCACACUAGGAUUCUUCAACCAGGCAACAAUGAUGGCGAAACGUCGGAAAGGCAGACAGACACCUACGCGCGAAACCACGAUAGACAAACACAAAGUGUCUGUCCAAAGACUGAGACUUCAAGAUUAUGAGCAGCACCACUGUGACAAAGAGCUGCUCAUCCAGUCGUCGAUCAAUAUGGGUGAGAUCGAAGUGGAACCGGUCGCAGAUUUAGAAACUGUGCGUAAGUUAGUGGAUAAGUUGGAACUGAACGGCAGUCCAUCAAAAGACCACGCGGGUAAUGCCAUGCCAAAAUUAUCGCCCGAUUGGUGUUUCGUAGACUGUUGCACAGCCGAACGGUUCUUUAGGAUUGACCGGGCUCAGGAAAGCCUUCACUACCUCAUAGACAUCACACACGACCAGCUUUUCGUGUUGGACGAUCCACAUAGAGCUGCGUCCACCGAAGAAGAUGUGACCGUGGUGCUAAAAUCCAAAGAACCGGCCGACGACCAAGGCGCUCAAGACACAACAACGAGCAUGCGGGUAAAGUCGGAGAUAAGUCGAUUGGAAAGCAUCAAAACACAUUCUACGGUCAAAUGUCCACAAGACGAAGGCCAGGUCAAUGGAACCAAUCAUUCCACAAGAGCUAGUGAAGUAUACAAUCGUCUAUUCGACCUACAAUCAAAUGAAGAUCAUCAUUACGGUCAAGUGCGAACUUCCGAUAAAAUAAUCGAAGCGGCUAAAACAGGGAACUUAAACAUGUUGAGAAAUCUAUUCGAAAUGGGUUACUCUCUGAUGUCCAUCAACAAGGACGGGCAGACAGCUCUACACGUGGCUAGCCAGCGUGGCGAUUCGAAUCUGGUUCGGUACAUACUAGCCAAUGCGCCAUCCAAUAUCGUGUCUAUCAAAGACAAUCAAGAGGGGCAGACGGCGCUGCACGUGGCUGUUCAAAACGGCGAACGAAAGAUCUGUUACCUAUUGGUGUCGGCCGGGGCGCCAUUAUUAGCCGUCGACAGACAAGACCGGACGGCUCAACAGAUAGCCGAACAGACCAGAGACUACGACCUCGCCAAAUACUUGGAAUGCCAAGCUCAGUUCGUAUCGUUUGCAGACCAAACGGAAACAUCGGUUUAGACGGCGGCUGCGUCUGAAUUAGUCGGCUAAAACUAACAUCAAACACUAUCACUAAAUUCUACAUUUUAAAUUUAUAUUAUUAUUAUUAUCAUUAUAAUUAUUAUUGUUAUUAAUUAAUCAUAUUUUUAUUCACUAUCCGUCGACGCGUACGUCGUUUUUGAUAGUCUCCGUGGAAUCGAUAAAAAUAAGAAAAAAUAUAUAUAUAUAUAAAGCACACUACAAGUCAAUUAGAAAAAAAAAUCGUAUUUCACGCCAACGUAUACGUUUUCCCCAUACCUACUCGCUCUCUAAACCCUCUCCGCAGAAGUCGUAUACACCUCCUACAUAGGUAUAUAUUAUAUAUAUAUAAUAUACACACAUACACAUACUCCUUUUCGGAUGCAUUUAUCGCAUUACACGUUUGAACGGUUACUUUAUUUUUUUUUCCCCAUUUAACGCUUUAGUGCAUUAUAUUCGUCGCGACGACGAAGCACACACGUCCCGCGAGUUUUCUUGAAACCGAAUUAUUACAUUUGGCGCGGUCACGCCCCCGUCACUAUACACGAAAACCACAACGACGAAAUACGACGGUUCGUGACCAAAAAUAAUACAAUGUUUAUUAGGUAUACAAUAACGUAUUACACACCUUAACGCGCGUCUUCGUUUUGGAACAGUAUUUUAAUUACGCAUUUGGACUCGCGUACGUAGAUCAGAUGGGCAAAUAGAUACCUGAAAAAAAAUAUCUUAACGCGACAAAAUAAUAUUAUCUACUACAGUCACAUCGAUGUUUUCAUCCUAAAGUCUAGAUACACAAAAUAAACAAAGGAAAUUCAAUACUAUAAUUCAAAAAGUUACUGAAUUCGUUUUUUAUUAUUUUUCAAAUAACUAUUGUAAUAAUAGUGAAACCGCAUUGCACGCUAACCCUAUAGCCUUAUACGUUAGAAGUAAAAUACUUCGUUAUUAUUAUUUAACUCGAUAUAUACAGCUAUAAUAGACGUAUCACUUGACAUGAUAAUAAUUUAUCUUUGUCGUCAGAACUCAUUUGCAUAAAUUAUUAAUUGGUUUUGUUAAAUUAAAAAAAAAAAUACAUCUUAAAUACGAAGCCCAUCCCCGAUGUACUUACAUAAUAUUGCUGUUUGCAAAACCUUUCAAAAUGUUCCAAGUGUUUCUUGUCAGUCUCGUCACGCGACGUCCGCGAACAUUUCGUGUGCGACGAUUUGUCGAAAUUCUGGAUUGACGUCGUAGCGACCCGCUCUUCGUCGUAUUAUACACGACGACGGCGGUCUACUCUCGAUUUUUGAACGCGAUUUGGCGACUCCUAAUCGAUAUAAUAUGUAACUGUUUUCGCCGGCGGAAUAGCCAACGAUCGUUUCACGUCAGCACGACCGGCAGAAAAUCGGCCGAGGGAUGCCGGGCCCUUUGACCGCAGUUUCAACAGAUUUAAUGACGAUAGUAAUAUAGUAUUAAUAGUAGGACAGCUAUAUACGAUCGAUAUGCAGUAUAAUAAUGAUCAAUGCGCGAAACGCGUCCGGCAAACCGACCAAAACGUUGUUAUACCGUUAUGACGGGAAUAUCGUUAUAACAAUAUAAUAAUAAUUAUUAUUAUUAUUAUCAUCGAGCGAGCGGUUCAUCUCGUGAUGAGGUAAACGUCGUUUGGCGUGCGCGUUCGUCUUCUCUCCGUCACUGUCGCGAGAGGGUCUCCAGCAUUCGCGCGUUGUCUUUGUGCCGCCGAGCGUACCGCGGAGAAUCGGUGCCUCCAGCGAAUUUCCGUCUUCCCGUCCCCGCUGACGACCUGUGCCGUAGCUUAUAUUUCUUUAUAAAUUAUAUAAUAUUCUCCUUCGCCCGCGAAAUAACAACCGCGUCAACCACGUACGACAGCUCGGGGCACGACGACGAAAUAACAACACUGCGGGCGCUGACGACGAGUGUAUGAAAACAGUUUGCGUUUUUCUAGUUUAGAACUCGUAAAAACUAUACCGCGAACGCCUCCGGAAGGCGAUCGAAUAAUGACGUUAGAAAAACACCUGUGCGGUACAACUUAAUACGACACUAACCCGCCGUGCCCGUCUACGUCAAAAAUGUCGUUUUCGUUGGAUGCGAAACGGCCGAGGGUUGCAAAGCCCCCGAAAAAGGCGUGAUGACGAUCAUGGCGAUGACGAUGAUGAUAAUAUGCAGACAAUGAUAUUUUAGCCGCUUCCGGUGUUGACGAAUAACUCGCGCCACUAUAAUAAUAUAAUCACGUCCGCCCCCAAACUAUGCGAUAAUAUCGCAAUAAUAAUAAUAAUAAUAAUAAUAAUAAUAAUACGUAGGUAUUGUGUAUAGCCAAUGAUAAAUCCCAAAUCGCCAGACCUAUUGUCGCGAUAUCGACGUCGAACGAUGAAAUAUGUAUAAUAUUCUUUCAAACAUAAAUUAAAAAAGACAGAUAUUAAUAUUAUAUGAUUAUUAUAACCAUCAUAGUCGACGAUAUAUAUAGUGUAUAUAACAUAUAUAUUAUAUAUACACGAUAGUCGACGACCGUUUUUCUUUGGUCAUGUUAUUAUUCGAAUCGUUCGAAACUCCACUUCGUCUUCUGACUGCAGUGCUGUCACUCCUCUCGGCGCAUCUCGACCUAACCCACACACCAGUCGGCCAUGACGUGCACCCGUUUUUCGAUUUGGCGGCAAAGAAACGAAACCACUCGAAAGACCGAGAGAGAGAAAAAUGUUACGACCAUAGACUGACUUUAAUAAACUUUUACCAUUGUCUGUCAUCCAUGACGUUAUUAUUAUUAUUAUUAUUAUUAUUAUUAUUAUCAUAUUUUAAUAUACUUACCGUUUGACAUGAGACGGAAAUCCCAACAACUAUACAUGACCUAUUGUGUAUCCGUCUUACAAUAACGCAGAACAUGACAAAUAUUGCGUACAGAAUAGUCCAUUUCAACGUUGAAAGUUAAUAUAUAUAGGACAAAUCGAUUUUCGAACAAAUUUGAAAGUAAAAAAUAGUAUUCAAGGCAUUAUGUAAGCUCUUUUUUUUAUUAAAAUUUAAAUUUUAACAAGUUAUGCGAGUAUUUUAAAAAUUAUUAUUAAGUUUAGAUAAUUAAAAAAAAAAUGCUCAUAACUCGAAUCGAAAAUAAAACAAACUCUAAGCUGGGAAAUGGAUUAUUCUUAACAUAUAAGACUUGUUAUGUUGUAUACGUUUGUAAGACAGAGACGAUACAAUAACACAUACAUGUAUGACCAUGACACAUUCCCUUGAAGAAAAACGAAACUGAAAGAAAAAUUAAACAAGAAAAUGUGUAUGUCCACACGAUUCCGUUUUUUAAUUAUAAUAUUGUUAUUGUUUUUUUUUUGCACUUAAUGAAAAGUUACUAGCAACUACAUUAGAGCACUGUGAGGAAAACAAUGUACUUUAAAUUCUUUAUUUAAAUAAUUAUUUGUUCUAGUAUUUGUCAUUAAUGAUUAAUAUAUUCAUCGGUACAUAUUAUUAUUAUUAUUAUUAUUACUAUUACAAUAUAUAAAUACUAUUUUUUGAAAA